AUGACAACUAGUCAAAUAUUGAGUCAAGGAACUCAUUUAAAUGAAAAAUCAGACUUUAGGUUGUUACGUUUAUAUAUUGAACAAGAAGUAUCACACGGCAGUUUACAACAACUUGUUGAAACGAUUCAAAAUUCAAAAGAUUCAGAAACAUGUUUCUAUCCAUUUAUUAUUCCCAUUCGAUUAGAUAAAUGCUAUCAAAUAUCUGAUUCAUUUACUGAAUUUAUCAUUCAUCAGCAAAAGCAUGCGACGAAUUUUGCUCAACAGAUUAUUUAUAAAAAUGUUAGAAAUCUAUGUAGUCAUUCAAAUCAAAUUGUUGUUCGAUUCAUGUAUGAUAAAUUACCACCAAGACCAGAAUUUCGUAUUUUAUCGAAUGCUUCACAAGCAGACUUACUUUCGCGUGCACAUCCGAUCCGUCUCAGUGGUACUGUUAUUGCAUCGAGUGCUAUUUUGCCAUACGUACGUGGACUUAAGUAUGUAUGCCAGCGUUCAAUUUGUCCUUUAAAUGAUCGAAAACGUCAAAAAUUUAUAUCCUUCACUAUUGAUAAUCCACACAAUUGUACAGUUGGACAAACUAAUAAUGUUUGUGUACCCACAGAAAAAGUUACAAUUGCAAUUAAAUUAAAAGAACCAGAAAUACCUAUUCUUUCAUCCAUAUAUAAUCUUGAAUUAGAAACUUUAUUAUCAAAUACAUAUACUGUAAUCGUACGCGAUGAAUUUAUUUCACAUAUUCGUCUUGGUGGUAAAUAUAAUUUCAUUUGCUACGUUCUUCACGAUCUCCAUUUGAAUCAAGUUGUUUUUGAAACAUUACAUUGUGAAAUGAUACAACCAAGUCGUCUUACUUUACCUGAUUCUAUUUGUCAAUUACAUCAUAAUUUUGCUCAUCAUCAUUCAUUUAGUUUUCUUAACAUUCUAUCAACGCUUUUUUGUCCACAUAUUCGAUUAGCUAAAUAUUGUAUUCAUGUUAAGAUGGGUUUAAUACUGAGUCUUGUCUCAUCUUCAAUUCAUGUACUUAUAGUUGGUAAUGAAAGUCGUGUAGCUGAUAUUCUAUGUCAAACAGCAUUCAGAUAUGCUCAAUGUGGUGUCAUUCAUCGACAACAACAUCCACUUACACUUGCAUCAUUUGCCAAAAAUAAACAUCAUUCAUUUAUAGUUUCUGCUGGUUCAAUCUCUGUUGGUAAUGAUGGAAUAACGUAUCUAGAAAGCAUUGAUAGUUUAACUAAGUCACAAAUAAAAGAACUUCUUUCAGCAUUUGAAACAAAAACACUUAGUAUUGAAGUAAAUGAAAAUGAAGCAACAUCAAAAAUUAUCUAUACUGCACCGUUUAAUACUAAUAUUUGGGCUUAUCAUGAUAGUCGUUUAUGGUUGCGUGGUGAUCGAGUCAUAGAACCAACUAAUGACCUAUCGCCAGUAUUGGCCGAUCUAGUAUUACCAAUAGAUGAAAUUGAAAAUGAAUAUGAAGAAACAAUUGAAUAUUAUUUGGAUUCAAUGUUAAGCAAUGAUAAUCAUCAUGAAGUAGCCGAUCAACGUACUAGCCAAUGGAUUGAUGACAUUCGAAGUUUUCUUGUAUAUGUUCGUAUGAUUGAAAUGCCAUUGAGUCAUGAAGCUGAAUUUCUUUUGAAAAGAUAUUUUUGUGCAUGCCGUCGAACAAAACGUACUGUAUUUGCUUAUACUGAACUUUCUGCUUCAGCUACUGAUGUUUUAACAAAACUAUGUGAAGGCAUAGCUAAAUGUAAUGUACACAUUGAAGCUACUGAAUCCGAUAUGAUUCUAGCUAUUUAUAUGUUUGAAAUCUCGACAAUGACUCGACUUGGUUGUGAAAAUCUGAUUAAUGAGCAAUACCGUUUACCACCUAUUCUUACUGAUCCAGUUUUGAUUGAUACUGUAGAACAACGUAUGAAUUUAUUUUCACAAGAACUUACUGUUUUCUGUGAUCAAUAUACACCGUAUUCAGUUCAUCAUUAA